AUGCUCUCGCGAUCGCUGCUCAAGACCCCGUCAAGGGCGUUCAACGUUCUGUCAAGAGCCGGUACUCUCUCUACAAGAAAUCAGGCUCGCCUGCUGUCAACUUCAUCAGCCCGAUAUGCGGACGAGAAGCUCAACAAGGUCUCCGCCAACAUCACACAGCCCAAGUCCCAGGGUGCAUCCCAGGCUAUGCUGUACGCCACCGGCCUCACAGACGCCGACUUGAACAAGGCGCAGGUCGGCAUCUCCUCCGUCUGGUACGAGGGAAACCCUUGCAACAUGCACCUGAUGGAUCUAUUCAACACCAUUGGUGUCAGUGAUGGUAUCUCCAUGGGUACCACUGGCAUGCGAUACUCACUGCAGAGCAGAGAAAUCAUUGCCGACAGUAUCGAGACUGUUAUGAACGGCCAGUGGUACGACGCCAAUGUCAGCUUGCCCGGCUGUGACAAGAACAUGCCCGGUGUCGUUAUUGCCAUGGGCCGUGUCAACCGACCCAGCAUCAUGGUCUACGGUGGCACCAUUCAGCCCGGAUGCACAAAGACUGGCGACUCCAUUGACAUUGUCUCGGCAUUCCAAGCAUACGGCCAGUACAUCUCCGGAGAAAUCACCGAAGAUCAGCGAUACGACAUUAUCCGUCACGCGUGUCCCGGAAGCGGUGCCUGCGGUGGCAUCAGCAGCAGCCCUGCCGAGGACCCGAGAAAGAAGGCCGAAUGUGAAAGUGUCGGUGCUGCCAUCCGGAACCUCCUGAAGGAGGACAUCCGCCCACGCGACAUUCUCACCCGACAGGCCUUUGAGAACGCCAUGAUUGUCACCACCAUUCUUGGUGGAAGCACCAACGCAGUGCUUCACUUGAUUGCCAUUGCUGAUUCCGUCGGAGUCAAGCUGACUAUUGACGACUUCCAAGCCGUCUCUGACCGCAUCCCCUUCCUUGCCGAUCUGAAGCCAUCUGGCAAGUACGUCAUGGCUGAUAUGCACAAGAUCGGUGGUACCCCCGGCCUGCUCAAGUAUCUCCUCAAGGAGGGCCUCAUUGACGGCUCUGGCGUUACCGUGACUGGAAAGACCAUGAAGGAGAACGUUGAGAGUGCUCCCGAUUUCCCUGCCGACCAGGACAUUAUUCGACCUUUCAGCAACCCCAUCAAGCCCACUGGCCACAUCCAGAUUCUGCGCGGCUCUUUGGCCCCUGGCGGCUGUGUUGGCAAGAUUACUGGCAAGGAGGGUCUGCGAUUCGUUGGCAAGGCUCGUUGCUACGAUGCCGAGUCUGAUUUCAUUGCCAGCCUAGAGCGUGGUGAGAUCAAGAAGGGCGAGAAGACCGUCGUUAUUAUCCGAUACGAUGGCCCUAAGGGUGGUCCCGGUAUGCCCGAGAUGCUGAAGCCCUCCUCAGCCAUCAUGGGUGCUGGACUGGGCAAGGACGUUGCCUUGUUGACUGAUGGCCGUUUCUCUGGUGGUUCCCACGGCUUCAUCAUCGGACACAUUGUUCCCGAGGCCAUGGAGGGUGGCCCCAUUGCCCUCGUCAAGGAUGGCGAUGAGAUCACCAUUGAUGCUGACAAGCGCAUCAUUGACCUGGAGAUUUCAGAGGCGGAGAUGGAGAAGCGAAGGAAGGAGUGGAAGCCUCCUGUGCCCAGAUACACCAAGGGAACGCUGUCCAAGUACGCCAAGCUGGUUAGCGAUGCCAGCACUGGCUGUGUCACUGACGGUCCGAUUGCUUAA